AUGAAUGUAAGAAAAGGCAUCCUAAAUUACUUAACUCUGCAUAGCACCAUCGUCCGGAGGAACCACCACAGAAGCUAUCACAAGGAAUGCAGGCAGCAGGGCAGCCCCCACGGGAUGGAAAAAAACAGCAAAAUGAAAAACGUGAGGCCCAAUUAUUUUGUAUGCAUCCCCCUGUCAGGCAACAAAGCCUUAGUGGAGGAAUUCCUCAAAGUGCAAAACCACGUCGCUUCGAAAUUUGAAAUGCUCAAAGAAUGUGCAAUUGAGAGAAACAAGUUUCACAUCUCUCUCCUCAUUUUACACGUGAAGAAGUCCCAAAUGGAGUCCUCCAAGGAGGCCUUCCACGAAGCCAUGGCGGAAAUUAAGAAGCUCAACCAUCAAGCCAUUUCCUUCGACACACUGGAAACCUUUCGAAACGACGUUUUGUAUGCGGGGCUGCAGGAGGGCAGCCGCAAGUACGUAAUGAAUGUGAUAGCUCUCCUGAGGGACUCCUUCGCCAAGCGGGACAUACACAUCUUCGGCAACCGCAAGGGUAGGGAGGAGGCCCGGGGGAAGAAGCGCGCGAGCGGCGCGUCCGACAAGAGUGCAGCUAAUCCAAUUGACAAAAGUGCAGCUAACCCAUCUGACAAAAGUGCAGCCCCCCCCGGCACACACGAACGCGACGACAAAGAGCAGAUAACCCCCCACGUGACCAUCAUGAAAAACUCCUACCUGAGGAAAAUCUACGCCAACAGGAAGCCCCAGAUUUUCGCCGACUACUACGCCGACUUCAACUUGUCCAAACUGAAAAAUGAGCGGGUUGUUCCAAACAAAAUACAGUUCCUCGAAAUGGACACGGAUUCAGCAACGUCAUACUAUCGAAUCAUCGCUGAAUGUGGCCUUCCUUAA